AUGAAAUAUGUCGGCAACAUGCACGGUAAUGAACCAGUUGGCAGGGAGCUUCUGAUUCGGUUAGCUGCCUAUUUAUGUGAUGGUAUUCGUAGUGGUGAUAAAGAAAUUCAGAAAUUAAUUAAUUCAACAUCAAUUCACAUCUUGCCAACAAUGAAUCCAGACGGCUUCGAAGCAGCGCUGAACACGGACCCAAUGGAACGAAGUUGGAUGAAAGGUAGAACAAAUGCAAAUGCUGUUGACCUGAAUCGCGAUUUUCCAGAUUUAGAUUCGCUGUUUUAUGAACUUACUGAUACUGGUGUGCCACGUUAUGAUCAUCUCCUGGACCUUUCAAGAAAUACUAACAAGCAUCAACCAGAAACUCGGGCUGUCGGAAUGUGGUUACUGUCGUUACCAUUUGUUCUGUCCGCUAACAUUCAUGAGGGUGAUCUAGUGGCCAAUUAUCCGUUUGAUUCAGCUCGUGAACCAAAUGUUAACAAGUAUUCCGCUUCACCUGACGAUCAAACUUUCAGAUUUCUUGCCGAAACGUAUGCAAAAAAUCAUGCUCAUAUGGCCAAAAAUGAUCAUCCUCCCUGUGAUGCAUCACCAUAUGAUGCAUUCGCUAACCAAGGUGGCAUAACUAAUGGCGCAAAAUGGUAUUCAGUAGCUGGUGGUAUGCAAGAUUUUAGCUACCUUGCAUCAAAUGCAUUUGAAAUAACACUGGAAUUGGCGUGUGACAAAUUUCCAAGUGGCAAACGAUUACCGCAAUUUUGGGAGGACAACAAAAAGGCUUUGAUUGAGUUCAUAUGGAAGGUACAUUCAGGCAUUAAAGGUCUCGUAACAGAUGCUGAAACAGGUGAACCAAUUCCAGAAGCAGUUGUUUGGGUACAGAACAGUACCGAUACAUCACCCAUUAAGCAUCCAGUAACAACAUGGAUUACUGGAGAUUACUUCCGGUUACUUACGCCAGGCAAAUAUCAAGUGCUGGUCAGCGCUUCCGGAUAUGAACCUGCUUCGGCAACAGUUGACGUUACCAACACCAACAGAACAUCAGCACGGAUACUCAACUUUGCACUAAAACCAGAUCGUCUAUAUCCUAACGAUGUUGAGUAUGUCCCCGAGGUAAACCACAAAGUUUUGCAAACAACCGAGAAUGAAUACGGUUAG